UAACGCAUGAUUGGUGAAGAGCGUGUGAUGCCGCCUUGCCGUACCAGCAUGUGAACGAUAUGAUUGGGCGAGAGGUGCCCAUUCAAUUGCGACUUACUUCUGCCUAAUGUUGCCCAACCGCUUUUUGUUUGAGCGAUGGUCGCAGUGUCGUGGCUUCUUUCAUCAUCGUUGUACUUUUUGCGGUACUGUACGCUCUGUCAAUUGAACUUCGGCGCAGAUCCUAAAAUCCCACUGAACCCCCGCGAUUAGAGGGGACAAGUUGCGCUGUCAGGUUGGUUGUUGUGCUUGGCGACAGCGAUCUGCAGGCGGAUCCAACUCGUCCAGGUGGAGCUCAACUUGCCACUGGAUUAUCCUGCGAGCGAACAUGUCUCAACCUAACGACUACACAAUCGGCUGGAUAUGCGCCAUAAGAACGGAGUACGUUGCUGCACGAGCAUUUCUUGACGAGGAACAUAAAGGGCCGGGAGCUGUGUCGCCCAAUGACAACAAUGCUUAUACACUGGGCAAAAUAGGGGAGCACAAUGUCGUCAUUGCUGUCUUACCUGACGGUCAGUACGGCAUAUCCUCUGCUGCAAGUGUCGCAAGAGACAUGAUGCACAGCUUUCCUAAUAUUAGAGUUGGUCUGAUGGUCGGCAUUGGGGGCGGCGCGCCAAGCAAAAAGCAUGACAUCCGUCUGGGCGACAUUGUGGUCAGCGCUCCUCGAGAGGGGAAAGGGGGCGUGCUCCAGUACGACUUUGGCAAAACCAUUCAAGAUCAGAGCUUCAGACCAACAGGGUUUCUAAAUCAACCUCCAGCUGUCCUGCUUACAGCGGUGACUGUAAUUAGCGGCCAGUACGAGAGCGAUGGCCACAGUCUUGAAGAGGAGAUAAACAACAUUCUCCGAAAGAAGCCAAGACUGCGGAAGAAGUACAGCCGGCCAGACCCAAGCAGUGACAGGCUGUAUCAGUCCGAAGUCGUGCAUCCCGCAGAUAGCGACUCAAGCUGCGUGGCAGCCUGUGGUAGUGAUCUAUCGAAGCUGAUACUGCGAUCCGAACGGACUCAAGACGAGGAUAAUCCGACAAUCCACUACGGCGUUAUUGCCUCGGGAAACCAGCUGAUGAAGGAUGCUUCGGUCAGGGAUAAGCUUGCCGCGGAAGAAAACAUUCUAUGCUUUGAAAUGGAAGCGGCGGGGUUGAUGAACCACUUUCCUUGCCUGGCUAUCCGCGGUAUAUGCGACUACUCGGAUUCCCACAAAAACAAGGAGUGGCAGGGCUAUGCUGCAAUGGUGGCUGCUGCAUAUGCGAAAGAUAUCCUCUGUCGAAUCGCUCCAAGUAGAGUUGAAACUGAGAAGAAGAUCGGCGAUAUUCUAUCCGGCCUUCAUGAAGUUGCAGAGGAGCACCGAGACAUUGCAAAGCAGACCCGGGACAGUGCAAAGGAGCAGCUCCAAGUCCAGAGAGAUCUAGCCAAGGAGAGACUGUCCAAAGAAGAACAAGAAAAAGAAGAGAGAAAGCAAAUGUGUCACCAGCUGUUCCGCCUCACAACCAGCAGCAGGGACGCCACAUACGAGUGGUAUAAAGACCGAGUGGAAGAAAGGGUUGAGGACACGUGCCUGUGGUUCCUCAAGCACGAGCACUUCCAGAUGUGGUUGAACCGAGAAUCUGGCCCCCUGCUGGUCUCAGCAGAUCCUGGCUGUGGAAAGUCGGUGCUGGCCAAGUACCUGAUCGACCAUGGCCUGCCACGAUCGACAACCAUCUGCUACUUCUUCUUUAAAGACCAAGACCAGAACACCGUCCGGCAAGCGCUUUGCGCACUGCUUCACCAGCUCUUCUGUCAGAAGCCGUCUCUGAUCGAACAUGCCAUGACACAAUUCCGCAAGGAUGGGCAAGGUUUGAUCAACUCUACAGAAUCGCUCUGGAAGGUUCUACGAAACGCUAUAAAAGAUCCCAAGGCAGGACCUGUAAUUAUGGUCCUUGAUGCCCUGGACGAAUGUGCCGAAUCAGAGUUUGCAGACUUGAUGCGGAAUGUGGAGAGCCAAUUCCGCAGCGACCACUUGGGCCAUGGCAAGUUGAAGUAUCUUCUAACAUGCCGCCCGUAUGACCAGAUCGUGUCCAAGUUCCGCGGUCUAUUGGACGCUUUUCCAAAUAUCCGUAUACCAGGAGAGGAAGAGUCGGAAACCAUCAGCCAGGAGGUGAAUCACGUCAUUACGCGCCGGAUCAAUCAGCUGUCGAGGAAGAAGCGCCUCUCACCCCAAAUCAAGAGCCACCUGGAGAAAAGACUACGGGAGACUACCCACCGCACUUAUCUUUGGGUAUACCUUGUGUUCGACUCCUUGGAGAAAGAAGACUUUAAAAGGACAGUAAAGGGGGUCGAGUCCGCCAUUGCAACGCUUCCGAGGAGCAUUACUGAGGCAUAUGAGCAAAUUUUGAACAAGUCUAAGCAACGUCCCACGGUUCGGAAGGCUUUAAGUAUCAUCUUGGCCGCGAAUCGGCCGCUAACACUCUCGGAAAUGAACGUUGCCAUGAAUAUAGACGACAGAUCAGAGUCCAUUCACGGCCUCGACCUGGAGGAUGAAGAGGAUUUUAAGACGCGUCUAAGGUCUUGGUGUGGAUUAUUCAUCUCAAUCUAUCAUGGCAAGAUUUAUUUCCUUCAUCAAACUGCGCGCGAGUUUCUCCUCGCGGAUUUGGCAUCGCCGACAACCGUUCCGCCAGAGCUACACUGGCAUCACUCCAUCACUUCUAAAUACGCACACGCUGUUCUUGCAGAGGUGUGCGUGCUCUAUCUAGACUUCUUUAACUCUGAUGUUAGCCAUCCGACACAUGCGAAUCGGAAAGCCGGCCACUCUGUUGAUUGUCACGCCUUAUUAGAUUACUCGGCCGAAAAUUGGGGCGCUCACUUCAGCAAGGCUGGUAUCGUGGAUGACGCCGCCAUUUUACCUUUCGCCCUGAGAAUUUGUGAUCCGGAUUCGAAGAGCUAUUCGGCAUGGUUUAGAAUCUAUUGGGAGACUACGCGUAUGAAGGCCACCGAGUAUUUUACGGAUCUUAUGAUAGCGUCGUAUUUUGGCCAUGGUGCCGUUGUCAAGGCGCUGCUCGAGAAUGGCGCCGAGAUCGAGGCGGAGGACAGCGAGUAUGGUCGGACGCCGCUGUCGUGGGCGGCACCAUACGGAUCCGAGAAAGUUGUGAAUCUGCUGCUCGCCAAGGGUGUAGACCCAGACGCAAAAGACAAAGGUGGACGGUGCUGAGAAAGAUAGCAAUAUCUGGGCGGUGUUAUUGUGGGGCGCAGGGAUCCAGCGCGAAGUAACGCCACUGCGGGACGGCGGUGGCCCGGCAUUACAGGACGACUACGGGAGGACGCUAUUGUUGUGGGCUGCAGAGAGAGGGUAUAAGGCCGUCGUGGAGCUGCUACUCGCUAAAGACGACGUCGAGCCAGACUCGAAGGAUAACAAUGGACUGACGCCACUGUCGUGGGCUGCUGUGAACGGGCACGAGGCUGUCGUCAAGCUGCUGCUCGAGGCUGGCGCCGACGUCGAGGCGAAGGCCAGCUCUGGU